AUGGCUCAAAUUAUUCUCUCUUUAUUGUUCAUCUCACUCAUGAUGUUAGGGUUUUCGGGCCCGGUCGAGUCUAGUUCUGGUGCAAGAAUGUAUCUCGAGGCACAAUGUCGAACAUCAAUAUAUCGUGAGCUAUGCGUCGAAACUCUUUUGCCUUAUGUGACAAAAAAUGUACUCGGCCCACAACAAUUAGCUCGAGUUUCACUAGCCGUGUGCCUAACGAAAGCGAGGCAAACAAAGGAGUAUGUUGAUAUGGUGGCGAAACGUUUCAAUAAAAGUGACCAAGCCAUUGAAGAGUGUUUGCACCAAAUUAACAAUGGGGUGAAUCAAAUAACGCUAUCGGUUAAGGAGUUUCAACAAAUAGGAAAAGAUGGUGAGGAAAACUUCGUGUUGCACGAGGGUAAUGUGCAAAGUUGGGUCAGUGCGGGUCUAACCGAUGUUGAAAUGUGCAUCGAUGGGUUAUUAGGGGAUGGGUUUGGCGGUAGGGAAAAGGCUAUGAUAAAAGCAAAGUUGUUGAACGUGAAGCAACUCGCUAGUAAUUCGCUUUCGUUGUUUAAUCGGUUCGCUUCAAGACAUCGUGCCUCUCAUAUCGUCAAGAAUCCAUAA